UAAAGGGGAGCGGGUCACAGGCAGGCGGUGCAGAAGCGGGUUGGUCUGUGCUCCCCGCUCCUCGCCACACACACACACACCGGGAGGAUGAGGUUCGCCGUGGGCGCCCUGCUGGCCUGUGCAGCCCUGGGACUAUGUCUGGCUGUCCCUGAGAAAACUGUAAAAUGGUGCGCAGUGUCAGAGCAUGAAAACGCCAAGUGCAUCAGCUUCCGUGACCACAUGAAAACCGUCCUUCCAGCUGAUGGUCCCAGGCUCGCCUGUGUGAAGAAAACCUCCUACCCUGAUUGCAUCAAGGCCAUUUCAGGGGGUGAAGCAGAUGCUGUGACCUUGGAUGCUGGCUGGGUGUAUGAUGCAGGCCUGACUCCCAACAACCUGAAGCCGGUAGCAGCCGAGAUUUAUGGGUCACCUGAGAAACCACAAACCUUCUACUGGGCUGUGGCCGUGGUAAAGAAGGGUUCGGGCUUCCUGUUUGAAGAGCUCCAAGGCAAGAAGUCCUGCCACACGGGCCUGGGCAGGUCUGCAGGAUGGAACAUCCCCAUUGGCUUACUUUACUGUAAGCUGCCGGAGCCCCGCAAGCCUCUUGAGAAAGGUGUGGCCAGUUUCUUCUCGGGUAGUUGUGUCCCCUGUGCAGAUCCUGUGGCCUUCCCCCAACUGUGUCAACUGUGUCCAGGCUGUGGCUGCUCCUCUCUUCAACCAUACUUUGGCUAUACAGGAGCCCUCAAGUGUCUGAGAGAUGGAGGUGGGGAUGUGGCCUUUGUCAAGCAUACAACCCCAUUUGAGCUCUUUCCCAACAAGGCUGACAGGGACCAAUAUGAGCUGCUCUGCCUUGACAAUAGCCGAAAGCCAGUGGAUCAGUAUGAGAAUUGCUACCUAGCCCGGAUCCCUUCUCACGCUGUUGUGGCUCGAAAAGUGGACGGCAAGGAGGAUUUGAUCUGGGAGAUUCUCAAAGUGGCCCAGGAACAUUUUGGCAAAGGCACAACAAAAGACUUCCAACUGUUCAGCUCUCCUCAUGGGGCAAACCUGAUGUUUAAAGAUUCUGCUAUUGGGCUGUUAAGAGUUCCCCCAAGGAUGGACUACAAGCUAUACCUGGGCCAUAAAUAUGUCACUGCCAUUCGGAAUCAACGCGAAGGCGUGUGCCCAGAAAGCUCCAGUCAAAGCCAGUCAGUGAAGUGGUGUGCACUGAGUCACUAUGAGAAACUCAAGUGUGACGAAUGGAGCGUUAACAGCGGAGGAAAAAUUGAGUGUGAAUCAGCAGAGACCACAGAAGACUGCAUUUACAAGAUCAUGAAUGGAGAAGCUGACGCAAUGAGCUUGGAUGGAGGAUAUGCCUACAUAGCAGGCCAUUGUGGUCUAGUGCCCGUCCUGGCAGAGAGUUAUGAGAGCUGUAAAAAUGAGUCAGAAAGCUUACCACAGAAAGGGUAUUACGCUGUGGCAGUGGUGAAGGCCUCGGACGAGGACAUCACCUGGAACAACCUGAAAGGCAAGAAGUCCUGCCAUACUGCGGUGGACAGAACUGCCGGCUGGAACAUCCCCAUGGGCCUACUGUACAGCAGGAUCAACCACUGCAAGUUCGAUGAAUUUUUCAGUCAAGGCUGUGCUCCUGGGUACGAGAAGCAUUCCACUCUCUGUGACCUGUGUAUCGGCCCAAGCAAAUGUGCUCAGAACAGCAAAGAAGGGUAUUACGGUUAUACAGGGGCUUUCAGGUGUCUUGUUGAAAAGGGAGAUGUAGCCUUUGUGAAACAUCAAACUGCCCUGGAGAACACUGACGGAAAAAACUCUGCUCCAUGGGCUAAGAAUCUGAAGGAGAAAGACUUCAAGCUGCUGUGCCCCGAUGGCACCAAGAAGCCUGUGAACGAGUUUGCCAACUGUCACCUGGCCCAAGCUCCGAACCAUGUUGUGGUCACUCGGAAAGAGAUAGCAGCCCGAGUUAAGACCAUAGUGUUUAAUCAGCAGAAAUUACUUGCAUUUAACUGCACUAAAAAUGCCUGCAAGUUAGAGUCUUCUACCGCGGACCUUCUGUUCAGACAUGACACCAAAUGUUUGGUUAAGAUUCCCGAUGGUACCACAUUAGAAGACUACUUAGGAGCCGAGUAUGUCCAAGCUGUUGGUAACAUGAGAAAGUGCUCAACCUCACGUGAAAUACCCUUUAGGAACUACCACUCCCGAGAUGCCGCGGCGCGGAGCCUAGGGCCACGUCGCUUAGGCGGUCCGGGAAGAUCAAGCAACUCCUCCAUGGCUUCCGCGAACACCCGGCGUGUUGGGGAUGGCGCCGAGGGCGCCUUCCAGCCUUACCUGGAUUCCUUGCGGCAGGAACUGCAGCAGAGGGAUCCCACGCUGGUGUCGGUGUCGGUGGCGCUGCUCGCGGUACUCCUGACGCUGGUGCUCUGGAAGUUUAUCUGGAGCCGAAAGAGCAGUCAGAGAGCUGUUCUCUUCGUUGGCCUCUGUGACUCUGGGAAAACGUUGCUGUUUGUCAGGUUGCUAACUGGCCACUACAGAGACACACAGACUUCUAUUACCGACAGUUCUGCUGCUUACAAAGUCAACAAUAACAGGGGCAAUAGCCUGACUUUGAUUGACCUCCCGGGGCACGAGAGCUUGAGACUUCAGUUCUUAGAUCGCUUUAAGUCUUCAGCCAGGGCUGUGGUGUUCGUGGUCGAUAGCGCAACGUUCCAGCGGGAGGUGAAAGACGUGGCUGAGUUUCUGUAUCAGGUCCUCAUUGACAGCAUGGCUCUGAAGAACACACCGUUCUUCUUAAUAGCCUGCAAUAAGCAAGAUAUCGCAAUGGCAAAAUCAGCAAAGUUAAUUCAGCAGCAGCUUGAAAAGGAACUCAACACCUUGCGAGUGACACGGUCUGCUGCUCCCAGCACCCUGGACAGUUCCAGCACUGCACCUACUCAGUUGGGAAAGAAAGGCAAAGAGUUUGAAUUCUCCCAGUUGCCCCUCAAAGUAGAGUUCCUGGAGUGUAGUGCCAAGGGUGGACGAGGGGACGCCGGCUCUGCUGACAUCCAGGACUUGGAAAAGUGGCUGGCCAAGAUCGCCUGAGGGGCAGCCGUGGCCGCAAACCUUGGUCAUCUGUGACUGACUGGCAGUUUGGGAAAGGGCUGUGGUGGUGUGGAGCUGAUAAAGAGGAGCUGAUAAAAGUAGUGUCUGCAGCAUCUCCUCGUUCUAUAAACAGUUAUACCAGCCUGAGAGUAGUCCUGCCCCGGCAGCUUCUUUCUCAACUAGGCCUUUUUAUUUAAUUCUUUCAUUCUUCCUUUGUUAGGUGUAGCAUUGCUUUAGUGUGAGAUAGAACAGACAGGGCAUUACAUGAGGAUAGGCUUAUCAUCUGAAAGGUCUUGUCUCCUGCCUGUCUGCGGUGGUCCCUUUUCCUGGAACCAUACCUGCCUAUUUAUGGACCAGUUAAUUCCCAGUUGCCCCUGUUGUUUUGGCAUAGUACACUGUCAGUUCUUAGUAAAGUCUCCAGUGUGAAGGCAGUUACAGUGAAGACAGCUUCAGAACCACAGGGCACAGUUGAGUGUGUUCUUCACGGUCGCAGUGACUUGUGUCCACUCCACCUUGGGCGGAAUAGCCACUGAACCCCUAGAGUCACCCUUGCCUGGGGGACGUAAGAGCCAAGUGCUCAGGCACUCAGGGUUUAGUAUGUUGUAGAGACUCCACUGGGGACAGCUGGGAGACAGCACACGGCUGCCUCGGGGGGUGCGUGAGCCCGGGCUGUCGGCUGUGCUGCUUGAUCAGCUCCUGUUGUUCACCUCAUCUAGAAGGCUGUGGCACAAUACAAACUUAAAAAAUCUACUGUAUACUUUUAAGUACGCAUUUGUUCAUGCUUUAAAAAAAGUUGCCUUUUCAAAAUAA